AUGCAAGUUCUAUCUCCAAAAACGAUAGCAUCUACAAUAGCUGCAUACAGAGAGGAAGUCGCUUCGUGUAAAGAUGACGCAGGCAUCCAAGUGAAUCCCCAAAUACUGAUUCUUUCGCUCAAGAGAAUAAAGGGGGAUCUCCCUCUACUAUUGAGCAAUCUCAAUCAACACAAGAACAAUAGCAUAUACCAAUCUACUUUCAACCAAAUUCUGACUCUUUCAAUUGAAGUUGGGGAAUUGCUUCAUAUGAAGCAGAAAGAAGUUAAAGAUUUUGAUAAACAAUUCGAGACAACCAUAAGUCAAGACACAGAGAUUACGGAACAACCACCACCAGCAGCAGAAAACCUAACAGAUGAUUACGCUUCGUUGCGGAAAAGAUUACUUGCAGAUGGAACCUCGACGUCGCUUGACAAAUCUACUACAGGUACUGAAGAUAUGAAUCAGUACCAUGAAAACUUUCAAGAGGAGUUGUAUUCUGACUUGACAGACUUAGCGUCUGCACUAAAAACCUCUGCGCUUUCUCUCUCUUCGAAAAUACUAGAUGACUCAAAGUUAUUGAACACCACGAAUGAGAACAUGCUCAAGAGCCUGUCUUUGAUGCAUACUGUGGGGGCAAAUUUGAAUGGAUAUUUGAGUGAAAAAUCCAAUGGUAAGAUAAGUUUGUUCUUCUUAAUCAAGACAAUGGUAUUUAUUUUUCUUUUGACAGCAAUAAUGAUCAUCUUAAUCAAAAUCUUACCUAAGAUGUGA